AUGAUUGCCGCCGCCUCUCCCAUCCACAUUGACGGCAUCGUCAACCCCGCCGCACCAAACCCCGCCGAGCUGGCCAUCACCGAGGGCACUCCCUCAAUUGCUCCCUCCCUGACCUACUCGGACGAAUCCGAUGACCAAGAAGAUGAGCCCGUCAUCCCCCUCGAGCGCCGCCGUCGCGCAUCUACACGCCUGAUUGCCCAGAACGCCCGUGACAUCCAGCGAAUCACUGGAGAGUCGAGGGCCGAGUUUGUGGGACGCUGCUGUGGCGGCGCCUGCUGCAUGGGUGACAGGGCCAACGUCGAGUAUGAGGACGUUCCCCUUCCCGACAACGAUGCCUACAAGUCUCUUGGACUUCGACUUGGGAACAUUCCCGCUCAUCUGACUGGCGUCAUUGAGAUGCCUGAGAAGACUGUCUCUUUCACCUCAAUUCCCAGACCAGUCUCUUCUCCCACAGACUCGGCCAUCUCCCUCGGCUCUGACGCUGAGCCCUCCUCCCCCAACACCAAGUUCCUCACCCCCGGACCUGGCUAUGAGGCCGUCGACACCACAAUUCAGCCUCCUCAGUUCGUUCAGCCUCAUCCUCCUCACCAUGUCUACCCCGCCAAGAUCCACAACACUCGCGAGUUGACCGGGCCUGGUGCUGAGAAGCGCACCUACCACUUCGACCUUGACGUCACUGACUACCCUCCUGAAGAGAUUUUCGACUUCAGAGUCGGUGGUGCCAUUGGUGUCAUGGCGCCCAACGAUGAGAUCUCGGUCGAUGAGAUCCUUGACACUCUCAUGAUUCCUCGCUUCCAGCGAGACAAGCCCGUUCUCAUGAAGACCACCAAGGGUCGCUGGCCUACCGUCUGGGGUGACGAGAAGGCUCGUGAGCUCAUCACCACCCGACGUGAGCUCCUCACUUGGACCACAGACAUUCAGUCAUAUGCCCCAACCAAGGAGCUUCUCCGUAUCAUUGCUGAGCACGCCUCGGCUGCCAAUGAGAAGAAGAUCCUCAUGUACCUCUGCUCGAACGAGGGAGCUAGCAUCUUCUCUGACUUCCGCGGAGGUCCCCACGUCACCCUCUCCCAGAUCCUCAACGCCUUCCCCAGCUCUCACCCUCCUCUGGACGAACUCCUCUCGGUCCAGCCUCAGCUCAUGCCCCGAUUCUACUCCCUGUCCAAUGACCCCACAGAGUCAUACGCCCUUCGUGACCACUCUCAGCGUCGCCUGAUUGAGAUUGCCGUCACUGUCCACGACUCUAUGGACUGGCGGCGUGGUUGCCGUGCUGGUGUCGGCUCCGGCUUCUUUGAGCGUCAGGCUCACAAGUUUAUGCGAGCCCAGGCCGCCGGUGAGAAGGCUCCCCAGGUCUUCAUCCCCAUGUUCAAGGGUUUGAUGGCGAACCCCCUGGCCAAGCAGUUCAACUCUGACGGCCCCAUGCUGCUGAUCGGUGCUGGUGUUGGCAUUGCUCCCUUCCGAGGCUUUGUCCAGCGUCGUCUGAAGCAGGCCAACUGCGCCAACAAGGUCUGGGUCCUCCAGGGCAUCCGUGACUCUCUCGUGGACGAGAUCUACAACGGCGAGUGGGGUGUCCACGAGGAGGAGGUCAAGCGCGUUGUGCAGAGCCGAGUGGGCACUGGCAAGUAUGUGCAGGAGGAGGUGCGAAACCAGGCCGAUCUCGUCUGGUACAUCAUCAACAACUCCAUCGACGGACGCAUCUUUGUUUGCGGUAGCAGCAAGGGUAUGGGCGAGGGUGUUGAGGAGGCCCUCUGCGACGUCGCCAUGGAGAAGGGUAACCUGGAGCGCGACGAGGCUCACAAGUUCUGGCAACUCAAGAAGGAGGAGGGCAGAUACAUUGCCGAGACAUGGUAG